AGGAGAAGGGUUUUAAGGGUUUUAGACAACUACAGUUCCUUGUAAUUUCACCCCACUUCGCCCCAACAAAAACCAUUACUCCAUUUUAACCAUCCCAAACUUAGGAACUUUUCUGCUAGUUUGCUCUAUGGCGAUGGAGGAAUCGAACAUCACUACGUAUAUGGAAGUUGAAGCUGAGAACUCAGACUCCGAAAAGGACCAAAACUGGGACGAUUGGGAAAACGGAGACGAAGAAGACGAUGCUAUGAACUCAAAAUUGCUCUGCUUGUUCUGUGACUCCACCUACACUUCCUCUAAUGUCCUCUUAGAGCACUGCGCAUCCGCACAUCAGUUCAAUUUCAACACUCUCAGGACUACUCUUGCUUUGGAUUUCUAUGGCUGCUUUAAGCUCAUUAAUUACGUUAGGUCUAAGGUUGCUGAGAACAAUUGCUGGAAUUGUGGCAUUGUUUGUCGGUCAAAAGAAGAUCUACUGAAUCACUUGCAUGAAGUUGCUAGUUUUGAUAAGGGCAAGUUACCUUGGAAUGAUGAUGAGUUUUUGAAGCCUUUCUUGAACGAGGAUGCACUUUUGUAUAGCUUUGAUGACGACGAUGAAGGUGAAGAUGAUGUGGACAAUAUGCCUAUCGACAAAGUGGAGUUACUUAAGGAUAUUGAACAAAUUAGCAUUGAUGAGGCUGAUCUUACUCUCGAAACAGAAGAAAAUAAACCUAUAGCCUCCAGUCUUAGUGGAGGGAAAUCUGCUUCAAUGAUUGAUACUACUCUCAACAAUGGCUUUGUCGCUGCAGAAGCUGGUGUGUCUUCCUAUAGGAACCCCGAUUACCUAGAUUCCAGCUUGUAUAUCGCAAAAGUUGCAGCAAAUAAGAUCAAGGACGUAAAUAAAAACUAUUUUGGUGGUUAUAGUUCAUAUGGUAUCCACAGGGACAUGAUAAGUGAUAAGGUAAGAACGGAUGCUUAUCGGAAAGCGAUUAUGGAGAAUCCUUCUCUCUUAAAAGGUGCUGUAGUCAUGGAUGUAGGAUGUGGUACUGGCAUAUUGAGUCUCUUUGCAGCCCAGGCAGGUGCAUCAAGGGUGAUUGCAGUUGAAGCAAGUGAAAAGAUGGCAACUGUGGCAGCGGAGAUUGCUAAAGACAAUAACCUUUUGUGGAUUGGAAGCAAGAAUGAAGCUUCUGAUCAGCACAAUGGUGUAAUGGAAGUGGUUCAAGGUAUGAUUGAAGAGCUAAAGAGUACCCAAAAAGUUCAGCCACACAGUGUUGAUGUGUUAGUGAGUGAAUGGAUGGGUUAUUGCCUGCUUUAUGAAUCAAUGCUGAGCUCUGUCCUGUAUGCACGCGAUCAAUUUUUGAAGCCUGGAGGUGCCAUUCUUCCUGACACGGCAACUAUGUUUGCUGCUGGGUUUGGAAGAGGCGGUACAAGCAUUCCAUUUUGGGAAAAUGUUUAUGGGUUUAACAUGUCUCGUAUCGGCAAGGAAAUCGUUAAAGAUGCUUCCAGAAUUCCAAUAGUUGAUGUUAUUGACAGUUGUGAUGUAAUAACCAAUUCAACAGUUCUCCAGAACUUUGAUCUGGUGACUAUGAAGCUGGAGGAGAUGGAUUUUACUGCAAUGGUUGAACUGGAGCUGAAGGGAGAAAUUUCCGCAAAUGGGUCUACAGGUUCAGAACCUACAACAAAUUGGUGUUAUGGAGUUGUCGUUUGGUUUGAUAUGGGAUUUACGGGGAGAUUCUGUAAAGAAAACCCCACUACCUUGUCCACAUCUCCCCAUACUCCCAGCACUCAUUGGUCGCAGACUAUCCUCACUUUCUCAGAACCAAUUGCAAUGGUAUCCCCUGGAACACUAAACAUUGAUAAAAUGGCAGCAGUUGGUACUGAUGCCUGCCCAGCGGUGAAAAUACAAUGUCGGAUUAGUGUAGUUCGUGCUGCUCAGCAUCGAAGCAUUGACAUUUCCAUGGAGCUAACAGGAAUUGGGCCUUUUGGUCGAAAACGAAAUUGGCCAGCUCAAAUGUUUAACCUAUUGUAAGUUAAUCCACUGCAAACUCAAGCGCCUACAAUACAUUUCUGCUUGCACCUGAUAGGAGUGUCCAAGGGAAAGUGAGCGGAUUAUUUUCAUCUCAUCAUUGAUGCAUGAUGAAGAUGUGGAUCGUUCCAAGUUUCUUGCUGGAAGCACAAACCAUAGAUGUACCCGUCCUACCCGCAUUUUAUUUUGACAGUGUUGAUUUUGAGCACAUCGGUGGGCUAGCAGUUGUAGAAGAGAGAAUCGGCAUAUUCAAACACAUGAGAAAUGAUUUCUUUCUAGUGGUAAUAUUGUUGAUAUAAUCCUAUCCCAUCCUUAUUUCUUCCUGGGAAUUUUUCCUCUUGAGUCUUGUCUUUCGGUCGAUGGUUACUCGUUCAGGAAAUGUGUCGUCUGUUCACUCGUAUUAGAACAAAAAUGAUUCAAGGGCAAAUUUUGCAUCAAUGGACAAGUAUUCAGUUUCCAUUUGUGUAUCCAUAUUAAUUACUGAUGUGGUAAUUGUUGUAUCAUUUUAUGUAUAAUUCAAUCUGCAAUUUUGAUUUUUGA